AAGGAAACAAAUUUGGCCAGCGCUACUGCGCUACAGCAAAGUCGUGUAUAAAAGUCGCCCAUCUGCACAGCUAUCCAUUGGGAGUAGAUCGAGGACCAUCCUCGCUACCCUGCAGGCCGGCACUGCACUGCAGUCUUCAGAACUCGUCAGUCACAGAUCGGUGCAGGCGGUCUGCACCUGCAUCACCUAACCAAUUCCUCGAUUAGUCUGCUGUUGCGAUUUGCGAGGCAGGUCAGGAGAAUUUGUAAUUGCAAACCGCCUCACAAAUUGGUACUGACUGAAAGAUGAUCUUGUGUUUCUUCAUUCUGUUUGCACGAAGCUGCAAUCUUUUUGCAGCAGCCACUAAACCUGUACCAAGUCUUCUUGCCUGAGGGCAGAGGCAGGCUCCGUCAGUCACGCCGGCGGCGUACAGAUCAUGGAGGACUUUGGCGGCUGGAAUAUGCAGUAUGCAGCAGAGCUAUGCCUGCCAAGCCGCCGGGACGACGACGACGACGGCCUCCUCGGUGAUUUCCUAGGCGGCGGCGGUUUGGACAUCCGUUCUGACCAUGGCGGCCUCAACCUGCCCUCGUCGCACCCUGCUGUCCAGAACCUUGUGCCCUGCCACGGCGGCGUGAGUCUUUCCGUUUCCGACGCCUUCAUGGGCCUGGACACGGCGGAUAUGCUCGCUAGCGUCACCGGCGCACUGGACUGCAGCCUCCUCGACACGUUUGCUUGCGGUUCGGACGCCGUCGUCGUCGCCGAGGAGCCCGCCGCGCAGCCCACCGCGUCGAGCAACGCCUUCUCCGGAUACAGCAGCACCACGGGCGGCAAUUACGGCAACAUCUCCUCCGGCGAGUCCAACACGUACGGCGGCAGCGGCGGAGGCCAUGACACGGAGGUUGCGUCGCCGACCUGCGCCUCGAAGCGGAAGCUGGCCGGCAAGUACCCUGCAAUAGCCGCGGCGUCGGCCACAGCCACGACGAAAACGGCGGAGGGGCAGGUUGCAGCCCCGCGGCGUGGCACGAAGCGCGACUCCGCGACGUCGUCUUCGUCGACCAGCGCCACGGUCGCCGGGCAUGGCGGCGGCAACCAUGCGGCCGGAGGAGGCGGGUCGUCGUCGGUCGGCGACGGGAACGGGUACGAGCCGGACUCGGAGGCAAUAGCGCAGGUGAAGGAGAUGAUCUACCGCGCGGCGGCGAUGCGGCCGGUGCACCAGCUCGUGUGCGGGGCCGCCGGCGGCGAGCCGCCGUCUUCGUCCCAGAACAAGCCGCGGCGCAGGAACGUGCGGAUCUCGAGCGACCCGCAGACGGUGGCGGCGCGGCUGCGGCGGGAGAGGGUGAGCGAGCGCCUGCGCGUGCUGCAGCGGCUCGUGCCGGGCGGUAGCCGGAUGGACACUGCGUCCAUGCUCGACGAGGCGGCCGGCUAUCUCAAGUUCCUCAAGUCGCAGGUCAAGGCACUGGAGAGGGCAAACCCUAGUAGUAAUGGUGGCUACAACGACAGCAGCUUCCUGCCGCAGAGUUACACGGGGUGCCUCGGUGUCGACGGUGGCACCAGUGCUGCCUUUGGAAGCGAUGGCGCCAUUGGGGGCUACGGCUACGUAAAACCCGGUAGGAACAUGCACCGGUAGCGAUGCAAUAAUGUAACCAUUGAUGUGAGUGAGCGAUAUAUGAGAGAAGUACUGCAGUACUGCUACUGGAUUUUGAGGUUAAUAAAGAUUUACUGUAUUUCGGAGGAAUAAUAAUCAAAACGAUUUAAUUUAA